GGCUCGCGGGACCGCCGGGCGGGCAGGACGAGGCGCCAUGGCGGCCGCGCUGGGCGGAGGAGCAGAUGAUGACUUUGAUCAGUUUGAUAAGCCUGGUGCAGAAAGGUCUUGGAGGAGAAGAACUGGAGACGAUGACUGGGACAGUGAACUUGAAGAUGAUUUGCUUGGAGAGGAUUUGCUCGCUGGUAAAAAGAAUCAGUCUGACUUGUCAGAUGAAGAGCUGAAUGAUGAUCUUCUACAGAGUGACAAUGAAGAGGAACAACAUUUCAGUUCUCAAGGUGUCACAAUUAGUCUUAAUGCUACGACUGGUUUGAUUACAUCAUAUGGACUAUCUGAGACCACUAAUGAUCAAUCUAUACAACAUGAGUCAGAGUAUGACCAAGGGGAGGAUGAAACAGAUUAUGACAAAUCAGAAGAUCGUGAGAUGUACGCUCAGGAGUAUGCAGAGGAAGGACAGUAUGAAGGCAAUGAAGCUGAGCUUACAGAAGACCAAAUAGAGUAUGUGGAAGAGCAGGGAGAAGAAGAAAUUUACAAUGAUGAAGUACUAGACAUUGAAAUCAAUGAACCUCUAGAUGAAUUUCAAGAUGAAGAGUAUAUGCAGUCAUAUAAUGAACAGCAGGGAAUGGAAGACCAAGAAGACUAUGUAGCUGAAGAGGAACUGGAGGAAGUUCCUGACUCCCAAACACCUGGAAAUGAAUCUGAAGAGGUCACCAAUGAAACAUUGGAAUUUCAGGAAGAAACAAAAGAGGAAUCGGAUGAAGAGGAGGAUGAUGAUGAAGAAUCUGGACGACUGCGUUUCAAAACUGAACGAAAAGAAGGAACAAUUAUUAGGCUUUCAGAUGUUACAAGAGAGAGAAGAAACAUUCCUGAAACUUUGGAACUUUCUGCAGAAGCCAAAGCAGCAUUACUUGAAUUUGAAGAAAGGGAAAGGCAGUUUAAACAAGGACGGUACGGCUCAAGGAGAGGAGGGAGGAGAGGAGGUUCAGUAAUGUGUCAUGGAAUGGGAGAACAAAGAAGAGACAACAAUGAAAGGGGAAGAAUGAAGGAUCACAGGCCUGCACUGCUGCCAACGCAGCCAUCAACAACGACUCAUUCACAGAGGUUAAUUCCUCCUCAUCAGCAGCCUAUUAGAAGUCUGUUCCAGCAACAACAGCAGCAACAGCUACAGUCUCUGCUUCCUAUACAGCAUCAACAUCAUUCUCCUCCACCUCCAGGGAUGCAUAUGCCCCCACAAAUGGAAACACCUAGAAUAAUGAUGACUCCACCUCCAGUGACGCCCCAGCAGCCGAAGAAUAUACAUAUAAAUCCACACUUCAAAGGGACAGUAGUGACACCUGUGCAAGUGCCCUUGUUGCCAGUCCCAGCCCAGCCAAGACCUGCUGUAGGACCCCAGAGAUUUCCUGGCCCUCCAGAUUUUCAGCAGCAUGCUCCUGGACCUGUUCCCACCAGCUUCACCCAAGCACCACGACUUCCUCUUCAGGACCAAUGGAGAGGCCCACCUCCACCUCCACCACCGCCCCCUCCACCUCCUCCUCAAGAAAGAGAGCCUUUCUUCAUAGGAGAGCCAAGAUUUCCAAGCCAUCAUUUGUUUGAACAGCGGAGUCCCCCACCACCGCCACCUCCCUCGCUUCUCAAUAGUACGCAUCCUGUUCCUACCCAAAAUCCUCUGCCUUUCAGUCAGCCUGGACCAGGAUUUAAUCAGCAAGGGCAGCAACCAGUUUUUCCCAGAGAGAGGCCAAUAAGACCAAACCUACAGCCUCAAGUGGGAAUUCUUCACUUCAACCAGCCAGGUUCAGCAAACCCACGGCCUUUCAUUCCUCCCAGGCAACAGUUCUUACAAGGCCCAGGACAGCCAUUUCUAGCAACGCAUGCACAACCCAAUAUGCAGGGUCCCUUGCACCCUCCAUUACAGCCUCAGCCGCAGCCGCAGCACCACCACCAGCAGCAACCCCAUCACCAGCAGCAACAGCAGCAGCAUCAACACCAACAGCACCAGCACCAGCAACAUCAACAUCAACAUCAACAUCAUCACCACCUUCCACCACAGCCUUUGAUACCUAUGAACCAGCCACAGUACAGACCUCAUAUACAGACUUCACAGCAACAGCCAAAUAAUAAUAGAAUGCAGUGUCAACAGAGACAGGGUCCAAUGAAGCCAAGACAUAACACACCAUCACAAAAUGUUGUCAAGCGUUCAAAUCAGCAGCUACAAGCGACUGCAGCAAGAAAUAGCAACUUGCGUGAAUUACCAAUAGCACCAUCCCACGUUCUUGAAGCUAGCAACAACCGGCGAGCCCCUACACCUGCUGUUCAAGUAAAGCCCAUUACCAGCAUGACACCUACGAAGUCUGUAGUAGGUGUUGGAAACUCCCAGGGAAGGACUGAAAUGAAAGCUCAAGUAGUCACACCAGUUGUUCAAAUUAAACCAGAAGUAAAAUCUGAACCAGAGUUUCCAGAUGAAGAUGAAGAAACCAGAUUAUACCGUUUGAAAAUAGAAGAACAGAAACGUCUAAGAGAAGAAAUUCUGAAACAAAAGGAGCUAAGACGACAACAACAGGCUGGUGCUAGAAAGAGAGAAUUACUUGAAAGACUUGCACAGCAGCAACAGCAGCAGCCUCCUACCCAGCAGUCCUUCAUGCAACAAGAGGAGGAAUCCUCAGAAUUGCCUGCCAAUGGAAACCCAUUCAUACCCCAUCCUGGCAUGCAGGCCAGGCAAAAUGUGAAAAACAGACUUCUCGUGAAAAAGCCAGACAUGGUCAUUUCAAAUAUUCAGCUGAAACCCACAGAUUUCCCACAGGCUGGGGCUAAUAUGCAGUUUCAAGGACAGCCAGUAAAAACAGUAAAACAAUUGAGACAGACUAGACCAGUACCUCAAGGUCAGCUUCCUCUGUCGCAGAAACCAUUACCAACAAAACCUGCUGCAGGAUCACUAACCCCAGCACAGACUGCUAGAGUGGCUUCAAUACAAGGAAGGCCUCAGGAUCUGAAACCAGGUGUGAAAAGGACUGUCGUUCAGCGGGCAAACAGUGGUAGUGGAGAUGGGCCCCAUGUCGGCACCAAAGUCAGGGUGAUUAAGUUGUCAGGAGGGCAGGGGGGAGAGAGUGUUGGCUUUUUUCACCCCGAGGGCCAGCCCCAGCGGCCUCAACAACCUCUAGAGCCAAAGGUGCAGCCAGUGCGGAAGGUCACAUUGACAAAGGGAACACUCCAUCCGCAGCAGCAGCAGCACCCGCAGCAGCAGCAGGUGUCACCAAUACAUUCAACAGUUCCUCAAGGAGUCAAAAACAUCCAGGGAAUUCAUCAAGCUAAGAAGGUCAUUAUGCACGGGAGAGGCAGAGGAGUAGCAGGCCAGAUGGGCCGAGGACGCUUGAUGCCAAAUAAACAGAACCUGCGAGUGGUGGAGUGCAAACCUCAGCCCUGUAUCGUGUCAGUUGAAGGGCUUUCUUCAUCAACUACUGAUGUCCAACUGAAAAACCUGCUGAUGUCAGUAGGACCCAUUCAGAGUUUACAGAUGCUUCCUCAGCAACGGAAAGCCAUAGCGAAAUUCAAGGAGCCGGCGCACGCAUUAGCAUUUCAACAGAAAUUCCACAGGCAUAUGAUAGAUCUGUCCCAUAUUAAUGUGGCACUGAUAGUUGAGUGAUACCUGCUGAGAAUAUAAUCUGUGAACAAAUGAAGUCUACUGUGGAGCUACACAGGAAGAUUCAGUGGCAAAACUAUCAGGAUCUGAAAUCUUUUCAGUUUACUGUCUUUCAUUAACUGGUCUGUGGAACUACAGAAAGACACGAGAUGUCUUCAAGAAAAGGUGAACUUGAGAGGAUCUAGCGCCAUGGAGUUUUUGUGUUCAGUUUCUUCACAUUCUGUUGUAACCACGUGGAACUAGAUUUUUUUCAGCGUGCUUACAUUGCAUGUAGACACUAUUCUUCAGGAUGCUACUGUGUGAUCACAGUGACUUGAGAGCGAACAUUUACAUCGAGAAAUUUAAAAACUCAUUUACAGCAAAGAAUAUUUGAUAAUGGUUGCUCUUAUCUUCAGUGCAAGGUAUUUAAAUGAAAACUCACUUUUUUAAACCAAACACAUAAGUCUGUAUCGCCAAGAAGAUAAAAGGUGUGUUCUUAUAUAGAUUAAAACAUGGUCUAUUUAACCAAUCGGUAGUAUGCCAAGAUUUGGAGGUGACACUGGAAGGUUGGAGUUGCUCUUUGUGUAAAUAUGUUAAAUCUUUCUUGGCAUCUUCUAGUCCAGUACAGUCUUUCUGCCUUUUUCCUUCUCUCCUGCUCAUAAAUGAAACACUGUGUAGAAAUGUCAUUGCUACAUUUUCCCCUUGGGUUUAAAAGAAAGAUCUUAAUCUUCACCCUCCAGUAGCAUCAUGGAAUAGUUAACGCUUAGUGGUAAUUGAUUACAGUUUAGAUUAUUUUAAAUGGGAAUGCAAGGUACAAAUUAAAACUAAAGCACUUAGGUGCUUGUUUUAAAAAAAAUUGGCAUAGAAAAAAUAGUAUAUUCCCAAUAAUUACUUUGUACCAGAGUUACCUUUAAAAUUAUUUUUAUUAAGAUAUUUUUCUUUGGCAUUUAUUUUGUGAUUAAUGCUCAAACGUAAAAAAUCCCCAUAAUAGCAGAAAGCAUUUCUUUUGUGAUGUGGUGUUCCUGAUUGAGUUGGGAUUAUGGGGAUGUUGUUAUGCUGCUGCUAAAAUUAGCAGUACCAAAAAUUAUGUACAAAGAUUAAGGACAUUUACAUUUUACACUAAAUAAAAUCAACCAUACUUUCUUUGGGUUGGCACUGUCUAGACAGAAUUUCCAAAGGAACAACUUUUCAGUUACUUCUUGGAUAUGGUUAGUAAAAUGCCAUCACUUAGAUCUGAUCUCAGGUUUACUGAAAUAUUUCCUCGGUUCUUAGAUUUGGGGGGCGUGGGGGUGUUGUUAGCUCCUUUAAGUACUUGACCUGCUUUUUGAACUUGGGUACCUGUGGGGUCUUUGUAGGUUUAUUGAGACCCAAGUAACAAACAGAAAAAGUGACAGAGUGCAGUGAAUUUUACAGUAGCUAUAAAAGCUGGAACCUAAAAUAAAUGCCAGAACAUGGAAGAAUGGGUGUGUGAAGCAAAUUAGUUGCUAUUAACCUUAGCUUUUGUGGAAGAUUUAGUACUAACAAAGUUCUUAUAGGCCUUCUAAUUGGCUUUCUCGCCAAUUUUUUCUUUUUUUACUGACUUGCCAAUUAAGUAGAAGUUACUAAAAAUUAAUGAUUGAGCAGUAAAUACUGUCAGAAGUCUCCCAGACAAAGCUGCUUUAUUUUUCCACUGAAAUAAUGCAGGGAUAAGGUUGUAUAUUACAGCUAUUACACUGGAAAAUG